ACUACACUCUGCGAGUGUUAGAGUGCUAUUGAGUGCUAUAAGCAACUUGAAUCGGCUAUUGAACUGAGAUUAUGAGUUGUAAAUCAAAGUGUUUACGCACGAUAGAUUAAUUGCCGAUGUUGUGAUCGCAUUGUGAUAGAACGAUCGCAAAUUGUGUUUUGCGGAAUUCUACUUGGUGAUCUCUCUAAACAAAUGGCUUCGAAAGAUGGUAUUCCGCCACCCGCUGCUGUAACAGGAUUUCCACCGGCAACGCCAAAUAUCGCAUCUAGUUUUGUGCCACCUAUUAUGCCCGCGGCACCCUUCAUUCCUCCUCCCAGUUUACCACCAGGUCCUCCGGGUAUAAUGCCACCUCAGUUUUCUAUACCUCCACCAGGUUUUUCUUUUCCUAUCACCGCGGCACCUCCUCAAGAGGCCGGAGUCAUAGCUGCGUCACCACAAAUAACAGCACCAGGAAUCCCACCUCCCUCUCCUAUCAGCAACGACGCCACCUCAGCAAUGUCUGUCUCCACGGCAGAGAAGAAAACUGACUGGAGUGAGCACAAGGCACCAGAUGGUAGAACGUAUUACUAUAAUAGCAUUACGAAGCAGUCGUUGUGGGAAAAGCCAGAUGAGCUGAAAACACCCAGCGAAUUGCUGCUGUCACAAUGCCCUUGGAAGGAGUACAAGUCAGAGAAUGCCAAGGUGUAUUACCAUAAUGUAAAUACCAAGGAGUCCAGAUGGACGAUACCGCCAGAGCUGGAAGAGCUAAAGGCGCGUAUUAUAGCAGAGGAAGCUGCAGCAGCUGCCGCGGCUGUCGUCGCAAGCGCCACAAAUUCCAACAUGGUUCCCGUAGCUAUGCAACACUUAUCACCAAAUGUCGCGACUAUAUCGCAGACCAGCACACCAGAAUCAGGUGGAAAGUCGGCUAUCGAGCAGGCGAUGGCCGCUACACUCGCGGCAAUUAAUAUCCCAACACCGCCCACGAAACCGGACGAAGACAGUAAUUCUGCAAUGGGCUCAGCCAAUGACAGUCGCACCAGCACACCUGAACCCAAGAUGCAGUUCAAGGAUAAAAAGGAAGCUGUCGAGGCGUUCAAGGAAUUACUGAGAGAGAGGGACGUGCCAUCGAAUGCCACAUGGGAACAAGCGGUCAAACUGAUUCAAAAUGAUCCUAGGUAUCCACAGAUGAAGAAGUUGAAUGAGCGUAAACAGGCUUUUCAUUCAUACAAGACGCAAAAACUGAAGGAGGAACGCGAACAGGAGAGACUCAGAUUGAAAAAAGCUAAGGAAGAUUUGGAGCAAUUUUUAUUAGAAAACGAUAGAAUGAUAAGCACAACCAAAUAUUACAAAUGUGAGGAGAUGUUCGGGAAUUUAGAAGUUUGGAGAGCAGUCGGAGAUUCAGAUCGCCGGGACAUCUACGAAGAUGUUAUCUUCAAUUUGGCGAAACGCGAGAAGGAAGAGGCGAAACAAUUGAAAAAGAGAAAUACCAAAAGAUUGGCGCAAGUUCUGGAUACUAUGACGGAAGUUACAUACAGGACCACAUGGCAGGAGGCACAGGCAUUGCUGUUGCAGUACCCUGCGUUCGCGGAAGACGCAGACUUAUUGGAAAUGGACAAAGAGGACGCUUUGAUUGUGUUUGAGAAUCACAUCCGCCAGUUGGAAAAGGACGAGGAGGAAGAAAAAGAGUGCGAGAAGAAACGUAGGAAACGGCAGGAGAGAAAAAAUAGAGAUGGCUUCAUAUAUCUUCUUGAUGAGCUUCACGAGCAAGGCAAGCUUACGUCGAUGUCACUCUGGGUAGAAUUAUAUCCCAUGCUAUCUGCUGAUUUGCGAUUCUCAGCUAUGCUUGGGCAGGCGGGUUCUACUCCGCUGGAUCUUUUCAAAUUUUACGUCGAGGAUUUGAAGUCUCGAUUCCACGACGAGAAGAAGAUCAUUCGCGAGAUACUCAAAGACAAGAACUUUGAGGUGCAAGUGAACACGACUUUCGAAGAAUUUGCUACGGUCGUAUGCGAGGAUCGAAAGUCAGCGACUCUGGAUGCAGGUAACGUUAAGUUAACGUAUAAUCUACUGUUAGAGAAAGCAGAGGCGCGCGAGAAGGAGCGCGUCAAGGAAGAGACGCGGAAAUUCAAGAAGUUGGAGACUGGUUUCAAAAACUUGCUCAAGACAUUGAACGUGGAUUAUCAAAUGGCGUGGGAGGACGUGAGGUCGAAAAUCGAAGAGGAGCAAGAUUUCAAGGCGAUUACAUUAGAAAGCGAAAGAAUACGGAUAUUUAAGGAAUAUCAGCACGAGCUUGAAGAAAGCUGUAGUCAUCAUCAUAUUAGAAGUAAGAAGAAAAAGGCGAAAAAAUUGAAGCGCAAAUCACGAUCGCGUUCGCAUAGCGAAUCGGAAGGUAGCGAGAAAGGCUUGAGAAGAAAGCGACACAAGUCGCACUCGCCCAGUAUUCCUAGCAAGUCUGACAGUUCCGAGUCGGAAACGAGGAAAGCCAAGAGAAAGAAGAAUAAGAAGAAGAGAGGCCGCAGUCAUUCUCGUUCUCAUUCCGGUCUUCCAUCCUCUGAAGAGUCGCCUGAAAGGAAACGGAAAGAGGAAAAACACAGACGGCCUUCGAUCCACAGUGAAGGCUCUGUUACGGAAAAUAACGAGCCUCACGAGGGCCUUUCGGAAGAUGAACUGGAAAAACAAAGGGCACAACUCCUGCGCGAACUUCAACUGCAACAAGAAGAAAAUUGAAGACUUCGUCAAGUGUUACUGCGGUUUAGAAAUGCUCUCCAAAAAUCUGAAAUAACUACCUAUCUUUUUGAUAAGGACUAUCUCUCCAUUUUUCUCGGAGACAGUGAGUUUUUCUUCGCUGCUUGGAUAUCUUUAUUAUUUCAGAAAACGAGAAUGUAUUACGAGAAGCGAAUACAUAAUGAUUCAAAUACGCUCAAUUUCUCAAAAAAAAGAUUGUAAAUUCGAAAUAUGCACGUGCAACGCUCACACAUACAACGACGUUUGUUUAAAAAUGGAUCACCUUACAUAACACAUUCCGUUCUUCCGCUACGCAGGUGAGCUUUUUUAAAGAUUUAUGACUCGUCUCUCUUUUUUUCAAUAACUUGCCUACGCUUUGUGAUUCGGUGUAACGAUGCGCGACAAAUGUAAAAUAUGCAAGAUUUGAAAUCUUUGUUACAAGCAUACUAUAACGUUCGACUUAUCGACUUCUUUUUCGGUAUCAUCAAUUUGUUAAUGUGUAAAUUGAUCUUUUUCGGAAUGUAUUUAUUUCUCUUUGCGCAGAAGUUGAGAUUAAUUAUGAGAAAAAUCGUUUGUGAUCAUUAAAAUCGAGAUCAUUUGUAGUUGUGAUAAGUUCAUUCUGAUAACUUUCCAGAGAAAAAUAUAAUUUACGACUUUGCGUCUAA